UCCUCUUCGGAGGGCGCGCUGCUCUCUUGGGUCGCGUCCGGUGGAUCGCCGGCCGGGGAUCGCGCUGGCCUCGCAGGUGAUACGCGUGAGCGGCGCUCCCCUCAAUUAGGGGAAGGGCUUUUAAGGCGCUGUCUCUGCUCAGGACUGAAGAUCGCAGCUGCGGGAGCGGAGAGCGGCUGGGUGGGGAUCUCUAUGCCCUGGCUAUGGAGAAGGGGGCGCCCUGGGGAAUCCUGCCUCGCCUGUGCGUGUUGUGCACGGCGCUGCUCUGGCAACUUUGGCCCUGCGGCGCCCACGGCAACUGGAUGGGCUGCUUUUUCAGGUGGCUGGGCAUGGCUUCCUUCGGUGUCCCCGAGAAACUGGGCUGCGCCAACCUGCCUCUGAACAGCCAUCAAAAGGACCUGUGCAAGAUGAAGCCCAACCUCCUGCCCAGCAUCCGCGAAGGAGCCCGCCUGGGGAUUGAGGAGUGCCAGAGCCAGUUCAAACACGAGCGCUGGAACUGCCUCCUCCCGCUAGAGAAGGCCUCUACGGCUUCCAACCCUUUGCCCAUUUCUGCGGCUCCUGCUUCCUCCGCCUUUGGCUAUGAACUGAGCAGCGGUACCAAAGAAACAGCGUUCAUCUCGGCGGUGACGGCAGCAGGCCUUGUGCAUUCCGUGACUCAUUCAUGCAGCACGGGGAACAUGACCGACUGUGCCUGUGACCCCAAGUUGCAGAGCGGCGGCUCGGCCAGCGAAGGCUGGCACUGGGGCGGCUGCUCCGAUGACAUCCAGUACGGAAUGUGGCUGAGCAGAAAGUUUUUAGACGGCCCUGCGGAAAACGUCACGGGGAAAGAUAGCGGCAGGCUGCUAGCCAUGAACCAGCAUAACAACGAAGCUGGAAGACUGGCCGUCGCAAAGCUGAUGUCGGUGGAUUGCCGUUGCCACGGAGUCUCCGGCUCCUGCGCUCUCAAGACGUGCUGGAAGACUAUGUCCUCCUUUGCAAAGAUUGGCAGCUUUUUGAAAGAGAAGUACGAAAGCAGCAUCCAGAUUUCGGACAGGGCGAGAAGAAAGAUACGCAGGAAAGACAAAAGGCAGCGAAAGGUACCGAUCCGCAAAGAAGAUCUGCUGUACAUCCACAAGUCCCCCAACUACUGCGUCGAAGAUCCCAAACUGGGAGUCCCCGGGACGCAGGGAAGGGAAUGCAACCGUACUUCCGAGGGGCCGGAUGGAUGCAACCUCCUGUGCUGCGGCCGCGGUUACAACACACACGUCGUCAGGCAAGUGGAGAGGUGCGACUGCAAGUUUGUCUGGUGUUGUUACGUGCGCUGCAGAAGAUGCGAGACCAUGACCGAUGUCCAUACUUGCAAGUGAAACCGUGCCUGCCCUGAAAAUAGAUGCCGAGAGAAAGACCCUGAGAAGUAGCAUUCUCGGGGUCGUGCUAAGGAGGCGUCUCGAGAUGAAGCGCCUCGAGGGCCAAAAGGUGUUGGUUCGUAUCGAAAGGGCAGCUCGGAAUAAGUAGAGGCCCCAUUUAAAACUAAUAGUAGUGGAGACCUGGAUCAUCUGAAGAAUUUUGCCUAGCUGGGUGGCCUACUUGAGCAACUCGUGUCCAUGUUCGCCGUGAAUAGUCAGUAUUUUGAUCAGCGAAGUCGAGGUGGACACGUCUUUGCCAACGCUGAUCAAGCGACGUUCUCAAGGAAGCCAGAAGAGCUUAAAUGAAACAUUCGGAGGCUACAGUGAUGCCUGGUACGAGAUAAGCUGAUCCCAUGUCUUAAG